UAUGUUGUUGUAAGCGAUGGUCUCCAUUAAAUUCUUGUUUGCCUGUGUAAUUUCUUGCGUUUCCGCGCUAAAUCGGACGUCUCCCUGUCCGAGACUGUUCGCGUACGAGCGGAACACGUCCGCGUCGAAUCGGUGGUACGGUGUCGUGACGGUGUCGAGCGAAACCGCCCUCGAAGGUGUCUGGUUGCGUCUGGCUUUCGACGGCGAACUUCAACAGCUCGGCAAUUGGUUCGGGGAGGUGCGGGCGAACGACAACAACAGGGAGUUCGUGAUUAAGAACCGUAGCUUUAAAUUGGAGGCGAACGUGCCUCACCAGGUACGAUUCUACGCGCAGUACGACGAAGGUCGACCCGUACCGGGGCUGGUGUCCGUUCAAAUUAAUGCCAAAACCGUCUGUCCGGAUGAGGGUGUCGUGGUACGCACAACUGCGAAAUCGUCUACCACAGCGAAACCGAAUAUUCCAUUGCGGAUAUCGGACGAUGAGGAUUACUUCAUCGGCGAUUUUGGCAUUCUCAAUCGACAACAGGCCACCUCGACGUCGCCUUUGGAUGGAUGCGGAACAGUCACGGGCGGCGGUCACGAGACGGAGUACCCAUGGCACGCCAGCAUCUACUACACCAACGGAGUCGAUUUGGUGCACAUUUGUGCCGGUAACCUGCUAUCAAAAGCGUACGUGCUUACCGCCGCACGAUGCCUCUACAAGGAUCCGCACACCGCCAUCUUCCCGGACGAGCUCGUCGUCUACUUCGGCAAGCACAACUUGCGCAGCUUCUCGAGCGUCGGCCUUCAAGUUCGAGGCGUGAGCGACUUCGUGCUCCAUCCCCUGUUCAACUCGAGCACGUCCGUUCACAAUUUGGCGCUGUUGAAGCUCGCGGCCGCGGUCGAGGUGUCGAAUUACGUUCGAGCCAUCUGUCUGUGGCGCGACGAGGGCGUCGACGAAGAUGGGGUAACGGUCGGGUGGGGCGUGGACCAGAUGGGUAAGUUUCGACCGGAGUUAACCCGCGGACAGUUGCAGAUCGCGUCAAAGCAGCUGUGCCCUUCUGUUUCCGCCGAUACGUUCUGUACGAUAUUUAAAGCUGGAACUGUGACUUGUAACGCGGAUUCUGGUGGGGGAUUCUUUUCGGCGCGGGGAGGCGUUUGGUAUCUGAGAGGUGUGUUAUCGGUGGUUAAUAAAGAAGUGAGGUGCGACCCCUUGAAGUAUCUUACCGUCACUGACGUAUCCAAAUAUUUGGAAUGGAUUAAGCAAUUUAUUAUCUGAUUCUGUAUUGAUAUUUAUCUAGAAGUAUAUGCUCUUUAAGAUAAGUUCAUGGGGAAUCCUAAGAAGAUUCUGCAAAAAUCUCGUGUCUCAAAGAUUCCUACUAAAAUUCCUAGAAGGAUUUCUAAGAAGAAUUGGGAACGUUUGCGUGCACGUAGACCCAAACCGUUAUAAUAUUUGAAAUUAGACCAUGAUUUGUAGAAUAAAACCCUAAAAUGGGAUACUUUGUAUAUGUGUUGUAUUGGUAUAACCAUUAAAAACAUUUAAAAAAUCAA